AUGGUUGGCCCAAUCCCUCGUUCUUAUACCAUACCAGCUUCUGGGACAGGCUUAGCAUCAGCGACAUACACUCUAGCGAGCCGGGCUCCGGCUCCUGGCGUGGUGUAUGCCCGUACAGUAGCAGAGCUCGACGCCGCACUCCAAGGCUUCAACGGACCGUAUGGAAUCGACUGUGAAUGGAGAUGCAUGCCUCAGGACAGCCGCGUUGCUCUUAUCCAACUGAGCAACGGCAAGAAAGUCGUUCUCGCGCAAGUGUCUGCUAUGUCUGCAUUCCCCGCACGGCUCAAGGCUAUCCUCGAAGACCCGAACGUCGUCAAAGUUGGACAUGCCAUUGAAGGUGACGCCGCCAGACUGAAAGCCGACUACAACAUCACUAUACAAAACCUCUACAAUAUUGCGCCUAUUGGCCUUCGCGUCGACGCCCCGUUCAGAAGAGAAUACACCUCCCGAAACUUCAUAGCCCUUACAACCGUCGUCGGCCACUUCCUCAAACGAACGCUUCCUAAGGGGCCCGUUAGGCAGAGCAAUUGGGAACGUGUACCCUUGACAGCGGCCCAGCGCGAAUACGCUGCCGGCGACGCGCACUGUGUAUACGAGAUAUACGCCCUCCUCCGCUCGCGCGCCGCUCAGGCCGGUAUACGCCUUCAAGAGUGUGGCAAGCUUCGCAUCCAGGACUACCGCAAGGGCUCGUUCGAAGACAAAUUCCCGCUGGAGCACCAACCCCGUCUAGAGGGCUUGGAGCCUAACGAGUUCUACGCGUACACGAUGUGGGACCAAGGGUACAGCAUCGCCGACAUCAGGACGACAUUGGUCAAGUACGGUCUGGUAUCUCUACAGACCGAAGAGACUGCAAUGAUCUCUUUGAUCGUCACCACGCUCACGAAGAAGCCGGAGCUUUCCUUCGACCCGGUGAUGCUACGUGCCCUCAUAGAAGGCAAUCCCGCGGCGUCCCAUGAACAUGCAACGUUCCUCGCUGAGAGGUGCCCCGUCGCUGCCACCCCUGCCGCUGAAGAACAGCCCGCUGCAUCCACGUCUGCUCGUUCAACCGCAGCAUCACAAAGCGCAGCAGGGAAGGAACCUUCGACGCGCAAACGCGGGCGGCAAGAGCGUGAGACUACGCCGGAGGAGGAGGAAACUCCGCGCCGGUCGGCUAAGAGAGGUGCUCCGUCUCCCUCUCCGUCGCCUGGGAGGCGUGCGGUGAAACGUGCGCGUACCAUCACGUAG